ACACGCAUGUGAGCGGCGGCUCUGAGGCAGCCUGCCGGCGCUGUCCCCGCUCGCUCCUUUAGGACACUUCUACAGAGACAAAAGGACAAUAGGCCAAAGUGCAUAAAGCACAAGAAAGGCUUUCAUGUCGUCGACCACGUGGAUGUUACAAUGCACAGACCCUCCCGCAGCUCUGGAGCAGGAGUAGCAGGGUAUCUGUGUGCAUCAGUCACCCUCUGACAGACCUCUGAAGGCCAAGGAAUACAGUGUGUUUGCAACAACAAAGGCCAGAUCAUAUCUUUGAGACCUUAACUACAAUCAAAGGGCUACUUUUUUUUUUUUCCUCACGAGGACCUGAUUUGUUUUGGACUCAUCUUUUCUUCUCUCAGUGCCGUCCUGUUACACUGAGGCUGGAUGGAGCAAGAGUCCUAGCAGCUCCUCGGGCCGGCUUGUGCUGCCUGACUAAAAGGGGUUGGUGCUGGUGGAUGAGCCCGACCUGCCAGGACUGCUGAGGCAGGAGUGGAUGGUGACAGCAGGGAGAAGCCGACACGAGCAUGGUGCACUCUUAUGACAUCCUGUCGGGACUACUCAGGAGCUGCUGCUGGCUCACGGGCUCCUGAGGAGGACUGAGGAGAGGGAGGGGAGAAUGCAUACCCCUCCUGUGCUGGAACUCCAAGCCACCAUGAGCGACAUCAACAACAACAAUAACAACGUGACCGUCCUCGACAGCGCCGACCCAUUGGACCAGGACAUGGAUGCAACCUUGCCCUACCCGGUCAGCUUCCAGGUGUCCCUGACCGGCUUCCUGAUGCUGGAGAUUGUGCUGGGCCUGAGCAGCAACCUCACAGUGCUGGUCCUCUACUGCAUGAAGUCCAACCUGGUCAGCUCGGUCAGCAACAUCGUCACCAUGAACCUGCAUGUGCUGGACGUGCUAGUGUGCGUGGCUUGUAUCCCGCUCACCAUCGCUGUAGUGCUGCUGCCGCCUCAGGACAACGCGGCACUCGUCUGCUGCUUCCACGAGGCCAGCGUGUCAUUCGCCAGCGUUGCCACGGCAGCCAACGUCUUGGCAAUCACCCUGGACAGAUAUGACAUCUCGGUGCGGCCGGCAAACCGUGUGCUGACAAUGGGUCGUGCCGUGGCACUGCUGGGCUCCAUCUGGGUGUUGUCCUUCCUCAGCUUCCUAGUGCCCUUCAUGGAGGUGGGCUUCUUUAUCCGGGGCAGGGACAUGGAGGGGAACCAGACCCUGGAGUACGAGGAGGAGGGCUUGUGGGCCAACCACUAUGACACAGACCUGGGUCUCUACUACCACUUGCUGGCCCAGAUCCCCAUCUUCUUCUUUACGGCGGUGGUCAUGCUGGUGACCUACUACAAGAUCCUGCAGGCGCUCAACAUUCGGAUCGGCACGCGCUUCCACACCGCCGCACCUAAGAAGAAAGUGCGUGGCAAGAGCACGAAGGCAGCCGUUUCCAUGACGACGUCAGGGACGGCGUCGGCAGCCCAGCCCGAGUCCACUGACGCCUCGCAGAGCAGCGCACCACCGCGGAACCCGCCGCUGGCCAUGCGCACCUCCGUGGCAGUCAUCAUCGCCCUGCGGCGCGCCGUCAAGCGGCACCGGGAGAGGCGGGAGCGGCAGCGGCGGGUCUUCCGCAUGUCGCUGCUCAUCAUCUCCACCUUCCUGCUCUGCUGGACGCCCCUCACCGUGCUCAAUGCCAUCAUCCUUAGCACCGGCCCCAGCGGCAUGGCGGCCCGACUGCGCUUGGGCUUCCUGGUCAUGGCCUACGGCACCACCAUCUUCCACCCGCUGCUCUAUGCCUUCACCAGGCAAAAGUUCCAGAAGGUGCUCAAGAGCAAGAUGAAGAAGAGGGUGGUGUCCGUGGUGGAGGCUGAGCCAACACCCAACAACGUGGUCAUCCAUAACUCCUGGAUCGACCCCAAACGGAACAAAAAGGUAACCUUCGAGGAGACUGAGGUCAGGCAAAAGUGUCUCUCGUCUGUGGACGUAGAGUGAACCAUCAGACUCACACUGAACUCAUGCUAAGGUCAAUGAUCCUUUAUCAGGUACCAAUGCGCUGAAAAAGGGAAACCUCAUAUCCAAAGCAGACAUGUAUUACCUGCACAGUUUCACAGCGUGGAGCAAAUAAUUUAAUACUAUUUAUUGUAAUGGUGACUAGAUGUCAAGGACAGUUCAAAGUGUGUACAGACUGCAUGUGUUUUUUUGUUAUAGUGGUGAAAUGAAAUUGUGUAAAUAUAGGAGUAAUGUAUAGCAGAGUACUUAUACAUCCAUGUACAGACAUAGAAAGAGAGGCCACGUGCUAUUUGUCCUGUUUAUAAUGAUUAAAACCUGAAACAGGUGGAAAUA